CUGAAGUUUGUUUUACUUUCCUAUUUAUUCUGGUUUCAUUCACUCUAUCACUCGCGUAUACUGUUGAAUAGUGAGGUUUCAUUCAUUAUCAAGGAAAAGAUGGGUGUCCCGAAUGCCCGUGGCGAUAGCUACCGUAUGGCGACUCAGAAAAAAUCUAAGAAAACUCUCAAGAAGGAUGAUUUGAAUGAACUUAAGCAAGAAAUAGACAUGGAUGAACACAGGGUAUCUCUUGAAGAGUUGUAUUCUCGGCUAUCUACUGACCCACAGAAUGGCCUAACAGCCGAGCAAGCGAAAACUCGAUUAGAACGUGAUGGUCCAAAUGCCCUAACACCUCCAAAAACCACACCAGAGUGGGUGAAAUUUUGUAAGACUUUGUUUGGUGGUUUCUCGUUGUUGUUGUGGAUCGGUGCUGUCUUGUGCUUUAUUGCCUUCUCAAUUGAAAGUGGAACUCACGAAGACCCUCCCAAGGAUAAUCUGUAUCUUGGUAUUGUUUUAUCCAUUGUCGUUGUGGUUACUGGCUGCUUUUCAUACUAUCAAGAAUCCAAAUCAUCACGCAUCAUGGAGUCUUUUAAGAAGAUGAUUCCACAAACUGCCCUCGUUAUUCGAGGUGGGGUGAAGAUUGAAGCACCUGCUGAAGCAUUAGUUGUUGGUGAUUUAAUUGAUGUAAAGUGUGGCGAUCGUGUUCCUGCAGACAUACGAAUUAUUUCUGCAAGUUCAUUCAAAGUGGAUAAUUCAGCACUAACUGGUGAAUCUGAGCCUCAGUCACGUACAGCAGAAUAUACAAAUGAAAAUCCUUUAGAAACUAAAAAUUUGGCCUUUUUCUCAACUAAUGCUGUUGAUGGUGCCGCUCGUGGGAUAGUUGUUAGCACUGGCGAUCGUACAGUUAUGGGUCGUAUUGCAAACUUAGCUUCUGGUCUACAAAUUGGUCAAACGCCAAUCAACAAAGAAAUCAGUCAUUUUAUUCAUUUAAUCACAAGUGUUGCUGUAUUUCUUGGCGUAUCAUUCUUUGUUAUCGCCUUCAUUUUGGGCUAUCAUUGGCUUGAAGCUGUUAUCUUUUUGAUUGGUAUUAUUGUCGCAAAUGUCCCUGAAGGUCUUUUGGCUACUGUGACAGUGUGUUUAACACUGACUGCUAAACGUAUGGCUAGUAAAAAUUGUUUGGUAAAGAAUUUAGAAGCAGUUGAAACUCUUGGUUCAACAAGUACUAUCUGUUCUGAUAAAACUGGUACACUGACACAGAAUCGUAUGACUAUAGCUCAUAUGUGGUUUGAUAAUAAAAUUUUUGAUGCUGACACAACAGAUGACCAAUCAGUUGCCACCUACGACAAGAAUUCACCAACAUGGAUAGCUUUAGCUCGUAUCGGUAUGCUUUGCAAUCGUGCUGAAUUUAAAGCAGGUGAAGAAAAUAAGCCAGUUCUAAAACGUGAAUGUAACGGUGAUGCAUCAGAAUCAGCCUUACUGAAGUGUGUUGAACUUUCAUUCGGUGGUGUCACUGAAUAUAGACGUAAAAAUCCUAAAAUUGCAGAAAUUCCCUUCAAUUCUACGAAUAAGUAUCAGUUAUCCAUUCAUGAGACAAAUGAUGGAGACGAUCGAUAUCUUUUAGUAAUGAAAGGUGCACCUGAACGUAUUCUUGAUCGAUGUGGAACAAUUCUUAUCAAUGGCAAAGAAGAAGUUAUGGAUGAAACAAUGCGUGAGAAUUUCAAUAGCGCUUAUUUAGAACUUGGUGGUAUGGGAGAAAGAGUAUUAGGAUUCUGUGAUUAUCGUCUACCAGCGGAUACAUAUAAACGUGGUUAUGCGUUCAACGUUGAUGAACCGAACUUUCCACUAACUAAUUUACGUUUUGUUGGCCUAAUGUCUAUGAUUGAUCCACCUAGAGCAGCUGUACCAGAUGCAGUUGCUAAAUGUCGAUCAGCUGGUAUCAAAGUUAUCAUGGUAACUGGUGAUCAUCCAAUAACGGCAAAAGCUAUUGCUAAAGGUGUUGGAAUCAUUUCAGAGAAUUCAAAAACUGUAGAAGAUAUUGCAGCUGAAAGAGGUAUUCCUGUCCGUCAGGUUAAUCCACGUGAUGCACAAGCAUGUGUUAUUCAUGGAUCAGAUUUACGUGAAAUGACACCAGCACAAAUCGAUGACAUUCUAUUGAAUCACUCAGAGAUUGUAUUUGCUCGUACUAGUCCCCAACAGAAAUUGAUUAUAGUUGAAGGAUGUCAACGACAAGGUGCAAUUGUUGCUGUGACAGGCGAUGGUGUAAAUGAUAGUCCAGCACUUAAACAAGCAGAUAUUGGUGUUGCCAUGGGUAUAGCUGGUAGCGAUGUGAGCAAACAAGCUGCUGAUAUGAUAUUAUUGGAUGAUAAUUUUGCCUCCAUUGUGACUGGUGUCGAAGAAGGCCGUAUUAUCUUCGAUAAUUUGAAAAAAUCAAUAGCAUAUACGUUGACGUCGAAUAUCCCUGAAAUUACACCCUUUUUAAUUUACAUUCUCGCUGAUAUUCCAUUACCCCUGGGUACAAUUACUAUCCUGUGCAUCGAUCUUGGUACUGAUAUGAUUCCAGCUAUCUCACUUGCUUAUGAAGAAGCUGAAGCUGAUAUUAUGAAGCGUAUGCCACGUGAUCCUCUGCAUGAUAAACUAGUUAAUGAACGAUUAAUUUCAAUGGCUUACGGUCAAAUUGGUAUGAUUCAAGCUUCUGGUGGUUUCUUUGUCUAUUUUGUUAUUAUGGCUGAGAAUGGAUUUUGGCCAUCACGUUUACUUGGUAUUCGACGUGAAUGGGACUCGAAAGCUAUCAAUGAUUUAGCUGAUUCUUAUGGACAAGAAUGGACUUAUCAUCAGCGUAAACGCUUAGAAUACACAUGCCAUACAGCAUUCUUUGCAUCAAUUGUCAUUGUCCAAUGGACUGAUUUAAUGAUUUGCAAGACACGUCGUAAUUCAAUUUUCCAACAAGGCAUGUGGAAUCAUCAUCUAACCUUUGGUUUAUUCUUUGAAACAACUUUGGCUAUAUUCUUGUCCUACUGUCCUGGUUUAGACAAGGGUCUACGUAUGAUGCCUAUGAGGUGAGUGUUUCUUUCAAUAAUGGAGAAGCUUGAAUUGCUAAUUCUCUAAAAAAAUUUUAUCACUGACUUUAUGGCUGUGAGAUACGGCCAUUGAGAGUAGAGGACAUAAAAAGCCUGGCUAGCUGUCUUUGGUCCUAAGUGCCUGCGUUCUAUCUCCGUGUGAAGUGGUAUAAUAAGGUGAACAAUACUGAGGUAAGGCAUCGGUCGAGUGCUAACUAAGGAGAGAAAAUCAAUCGACCAGGUUGUGAAGUUACACCGGUUGAGAUGGUUAGGGCAUGUGUUACACAUGCCUAGCCAUCGCCUUCCUCGAUAAUUGUCAAUGUUAGCUGACAUACGAUUGAUCAGGUUGGAAAAGAGCUAGUGAUAGUCAAGUGAAAACAUGGCUUCAUCAGUCAAUGAAACUUACAACAGUUAGUUCAAGCCAGUCACCUAUGGAGGUGUACACUGUCAGCCUGGUUGGGUUCCUCGGGAUGGUUAAAACCAAUGAGGGCUGGAGAUAACUGCUGAUAUGACCCAAAAUCGUUCUCAAUGGCUGGUGCAGAUGCAUUUACUCUUUGUGAUUGAUAAUAUCCAGUAAAGCUCUAUUGUUCUUCUAUAUUACUAUUCUUCUUGCCUCAUAUCUCAGUUUACUGUCUCGACUUUGCAUUUCUCUUUACUUUCUUCUCUUGCUUUGUGUGCUAAGUGAAGUGUGGCGACUCGAACUGCUGCACAUCUGUGCAAGGUUGUAUGUUGAAACCAGUCAGUCAUUUAUCAUUAACUAGUGAUGUAUGGUUUAACGAAAGAUUAAAAGCCGACAGUUAUUGGACAGUUGUUUCAUUGUAAUAUAUUAAAUUGACCCCCGGCUGGUUAUCAUUGGCUUACUAAUAAGAAUACAAAUGUCAAGUUAGUUUUACAUACCAAUUGGACUCUCAGUUAGGCAACAUGAUUUUCUGUCUAGUAGGAGGGGGAUAAUUUGAUUAUCAUGCCUGAAUCUGUGGAUGGGCAUAAUUACAACAGUAACAUAGCCAAAUUUUAGAUCCAGUAAUUGAAGAUGCGUAACAUAUUCUAGCCAUUGAGGAGAUGAACUUUUAUAACUUCAAAAAAAAUUCUUUUUGAUACUUUCGUCUUAAUCAGGUUCUACAGUUACAUAUCCAUAAUAAUCAAAGAAGUUUUGUUAUUAACAACAUUAGUGUUUUUUUCUGAAUAACAUUGGGUCAAUAAGACCAUUAGAUUACAUUUCGAAAGCAUCUGUUAUUGAUAAUAUGCAUUAAAAUGUAUUACUAAAGUGAGUAUCAGAUAAAUUAAUUAAAAAAAUAAUACAGAAUUUGUAAAUUUAUAGGCUAAGCAGCUAGUUGGGGUAACAAUAGUGACUGAGCCUAUCUGGUUUGUUCAUGAGGCUGUGGUUGUUUUAAGCGAAUACAAAUUGUCUUUACUGUUUUGAGCGUUCAGCAUUUAGAGACCUCUGGCAAUUUAUUCAGUAUACAAAAAUUGAUAGGAAAAGACUCUCCAAUAGCCUCUUUGUAUGAGGUGAUCUGAUAUUGAACUGUUAACAGUACCAACUGGAUCUUUACUUAGCUACACUGGUAGGUAUUCUCGAGUACGAAAAAUUAGGUCCCUAGAGCAAUGGCCAAUACAACUGGCACCAAAGGAGUAUUUCGAUCGAUAGAUACAAAAAGAGUCAGCUAGUCUAAUUACUUCAUCUUUCAGUUUCGGAACCGUAGUUGGUCGUAUGGCAAAUAUGAGUUGCAGCUUACCGGCAUUAAAAGUCCUUCUUAUCAAUCUUUUCAACUUGUGAUUAUUAUUUUGGCUUGUUAUAUGACCUUUUGAUUGCAGAAACUACUUGUCAGCAGAUACAGAAGAAUUCUCUCCAAAUCUCUCUCGGCCCCAUGUGUUUCGCGUUAUUUUUCGCAGGAUAGCUCUGACCGUGUAGCUGAGGAUCUUUGCCGAAUUUCGUUUGUAUUGGAUAACAAUUCGUUCAUGUAUCUUACACAGGAUGAAUGAAGUAGAUGAUAGCAGCAUACUCAAACUUAAAUAUACGUGUUCGAGUAUGACGCUUUUAUUGACCUGACGGAAGUUCUUCAACCACCGAUAUACUACAAAAAAGCAGGUUUUUUUUUUUUUAUUUAUUCGAUAUAUAUAUAUAUAUAUCUUUCAUUUCCUCUUAAAUUACAGGUUCACUUGGUGGCUUCCAGCAUUACCGUUCAGUUUACUUAUAUUCAUCUAUGAUGAAGUAAGAAAGUUCCUGCUCCGGCGGUUACCACCUGGAUCAUGGCUUGAAAAGGAGACAUACUAUUAGUAGUAGUUCUAGUAGAAAUAGCAUCUUAUAUGAUAAAUGUCACUCAUAUAUACAUAUAUAUAUAUAUAUAUUCUAACCUGUAGUUUCAAGGAAUUGAUUUUGUCUCUGUCUCUCCAUCCCAUAUAUAUAUAUGUGAAAGUACUGAUUCCAUGCUUUUAUUUCCUAUAUAUGUCUUAGCAAUCACUGUUAUCUUACAUUUCUUUUCCGUUCUGCAAACUUCAUCGACUCUUCUCUCCUUCAAUGGCUAUUCCUCUCUAACAUCUUUCUCCUUUCAUUUUGUUGUUUUGUGUCUAUUUCAUGAUUUCUAGAAGUCAAGAUUUCUGUGUCUGUCUCUGGAUUAUAUUUCAUCAUGCUAUAUAAGUUUGUUUUUUCACAAUGUAAUCAAUUGUUUGUUACCUAUCAUUGCUAUUUUAUUGAUUGUUGUCAUCAUUCGUUAUAAUACACAUUGAUAAGUAGAUAAGUAUGCGAAAUAGAAAUUUGCCUUACAAUUACACACACACAAACGCACACGAGCAUAAGUAAUUUGUACUUUCUUGUCGUUAAUACUACGCAUUACACUUCUGCUACCAUUAGUAAUAAGGUGAUAAUCCUAGCUAUCAUAAUUACACUAGUGAUGAUAAUGUGAAACACACUCUCCUUUUUUAUUAGAGAAAUUCAUACUUUCCCUCUCCCCCCUCCCCUUCCCUUCAUCACAAUUGAUUCGUUUGUUUUCAUUCCUUUUAUUUUACUUCACUGUACAAUAUUAUAUCAGUUUGCUAUUAUUUUGUCUUGUGAUUUUUUCAUUUCGAUCUCUUAUGUAUGUCUUGUUGUUAAUUGGAUGGAUGUCUGCGUCUGCGUGUGUGUGUGUAUUAUUUUAGCAGUGUGCUGCUGCUAGAGAAGAAUGUGAUUAUCUUUCUCCUUUGACUUUUAUUUCCAUUUCUCACUCUUCAUAUUCUUUAUUCUAUUUUAUUUUUUGGUCUGUUUUAGUGAGAAUUAUGCAAUCAUAUCUGUUAAAUUCUGUGUAAUCAUUCGGCAUCGGAGCAUGUUUGUGCAUGUCUAUAUAUGUGUGUGGUCAUCGAAUAUUGGCUAGUUGCUGUAACCUUUUCUUUUUCGUGAUUAUAUUCAAUAAUAAUAAUAAUAAUAAUAAUAAUAAUAAUAAUAAUAAUAAUAAUAAUAAUAAUGUUAAUGAAUAUCAAUUAGCCUAACGGUGAUUGAUUUCUAAUACUCGUUAUAAUUCAAUCUUUAUUUUGAUGACUUUGAGAUUCUCAUGUCCUGUCUGUAUGCACAUGUGUCAUCCAUGUUUGUUAGUUCGUUUGAGUGUGUGUGCGCGCAUGGAUUUUGCUUCAUUAUUGGUUUCUUUAUUUCAUUUUUGUUUUGGCAUAUACUUCACACACGAGACAGAACUUUAUCCCUUUCAUACCUCGUUGCAUAUUGUUGUUUAUUUCUUCUUUUGUGAAAUUGGAAGAAAAUCAGAGUUUGUCUUUUUUCCCUGUCGCGUUGGUUUGCUCCAACUCCCAUCCCCGUCUCGUCCUCGAGAUCUCAUAUAAUUAAAUAGAUAUGUUUACAGUUUACCUAUUAGAUAAUUUUCUUAUUUUCCUCUCUCAGUAGUUGCGUCAUAACUCUCUCACUGUAGUAUUUCUGUACCAAUCACCUAGAUAUAACUACCUAUCAUCAGCAUGCUUCUAAGAUAAUGAGAGUAGAGGAAAAGAACAAGUGCGGGAUUAUUUGAACUGAAGUCAUGGAUAGCUGGACAGCUGAACACACACAUACACACACUGUCUCUCAUUCUUUAUUGUUCUACUCUCUGUUAUUUGAUUGUUUCCAUUGUUGUCGUAGUUGUGUUUGUUUCACCAGUUGCCGUGUUGUCUUUCAAAUGGUACGGCGGCUCAUUUAGACUAUACAAUUUAGAUAAUUCAUCCAUUUUUGUCUGAGUAUUAUCAUUAUUUGAGCAAUAAUCAUAGUUAGUAUAGUGAUACAAUUGGUGCUAAGAAUAAUCAAUCGUGAGUAAAUAAUACUGCACACAACCACCAAGUUUUCGCUGCACAUAUAUAUAUAUAUAUAUAUAUAUAUAAAUCGGUCUCUCUCUAUCUCUUCACUUUUUGUUUUUCUGUUCUUGAUUUUGUUAACUCGUUUGUUUGUGUGUUCUUUUUCCGUAGGAUUCUGAAUAAAUAGAAUUUAUAAAAAAAAUGAUUUGCCCAACGAAUUUGUGUCUUACUCCCUUUGAAAUUAAUAAAUAGACAGUUAGUAGCUGCACACUGCAUUACUUACUUCUUUUUUGAGUGUAACAGUAUUAGACAAACUUAUAACAAACACAUGUGUAUUUGUUCUAGGUAUAUCAUUUUUGAUAAUUAUUAAAUCACAAGCUCAAUGUCUAUUUUGAAAUAAUGGAGAGUUGUGGGUCAAGUGGGUAAUUUUGUUGUG